AUCGGGAAGUGUAUAUGUGGAACAUGGCUCGUGGAGGCACAGUAUUGGGCGUAUUUCCUUUAGCAGUAUGGGAAGACGGCGGUCGACUACUUCGAAGUACCUCUCCCAUACGUUUACCUGUGGGAGUGAACCCUUAAAGCAUCCUUGGCUGUCCUCGUGGAUAUAAAUGGCUGUAAACUCGAGGAAGAUUCGUAGGCAACGAGUCGGUGCCAAAAGGACUGCACAAUGCAGUUGGCUGAUAAUUGCAGCAUUCCGUAAAUUUCUCAAAUUCGGCGUUACGCAACACGCAUGCGUAUUAAUUUCGGUGGUUCACGUUUCUCCUCUUACUGCAACACUAUUUACCGGUCCCGUCACUCUUUAAUUAGCACUUGCAAGCUUUAUUGGGGUUUGAUAUGAAUAAUUGAACAUGUUCUAAAAGUUUGUACUUCAGACUCGGUUUUUCCGAUUACGUGCUCACUUAUCACUUGUUCGAUAAAAACGUCAGUACGUAAUCUAUUAAGAACAUAAUUUGAAAUUCUACGUAGUGACAUCAAACAAUGGUCUGCUAUCAUAAACUUUAUUUUUUAAAUAUUUUCUCGUCUUCAUUUGACACACAUUGUUCCACAGAGAUUUCUCUUAAAGGUCUACGAUUUCAAAGUAAUAACUAAUUGUAUGGAGUUGUUUGCGCCCAAAGAAAUAAUGGUUAUAUACCUUAAUUCUCGAUUUUUAAUAAGGCUCCUGUUCUCCAUAUGAAUUGCAUUCAUGAUUAAUCAUUUUUUCCAAGGCAAUCUGUCUCAAUCUAUGAUUAUUAAAGAAUAAUUUAUUUCCUAGAAUCGUUUGCGUACAAAAAAAUAACGUUUCUCUGUUUUAUGUCCCGAUUUUACCGUCCUUAUCUCACCCUUAAAAAGCUUUCCUUUUAUCAUAGAUUUUUUAUUCCAUGAUAUACGCCUAAUAGUUAACUUUACGCAAAUGUUUGUAGGCCAUGUACCAGGCAGAUCAGUUGAAUGUGAACACUGCCACGGAGGAGGAGCUGAUGACUUUGCCGGGGAUCAAUCGCACGAUUGCGGCCAAUAUCGUGAAUCAUCGUCGUUUGAUCGGACGCUUUAAUCGCGUCGAAGACCUGGCUCUUGUCUCCGGAGUGGGUGCUCGCAGGUUGGAGCAGAUUAGGCCAGAGAUCUACGUUCCAUUCUCAAGUGGCAGCCGAGCGUCCUCAAAGGUUUCCUUGAGCUUGGAUUCCUUUGGAAACAGCGGAACUCUCGUUGACGUUAAUACCGCCAGUGUCUUUGCGCUUCAGGCGAUUCCAGGGAUAAAUCAGGAAUUGGCAGCGAGGAUUGUCGAAAAGAGGACACGACGAGGUCCUUAUCGUUGUCUGGACGAGUUGAAAAAAGUUCGAGGUAUGGGGAAGCAUCGUUUAGCCAUGAUAAGGCCGUAUUUAACAGUAGAUAUCGAUUCAAAUGGUUCGAUCACCCCAACGCCUAGUACUGCCACUUCAUCCCCGCCUUGGAAUAAACCUCAUGCUUCCAGUACACCAAUUGGCAACAGUAUUGGCCGUUUAUCAAGGAAUUCUUAUGGCAAACAGAAUGGAACAGUAAAGCCUUUUAACGCGCCUAGAGCGAAUGGAUAUCGAACGAGUAUAGAUCUAACCUCAGGUAUAACCGAGGAAGACUUCUGGGAACUUCUGAGUGUAGCAAUUUCACGUCCAUUGACUCCCUGUGAUUUUACGGACAAUCUGGAUGGCAGGACUUCUAUCAGGUUGGCAACAUGGAAUUUAGAUAGCUUUUCCGCUGACAAGGCUACCAAUCCCGGGGUGAGAGAAGUCAUUUGUAGAACAAUUCUAGAAAAUCGAUUGUCAUUGCUUAGCUUACAAGAAGUGGAAAGCCCGGAAGCUUUGGACAAGCUAACGGGAGAACUAAAUUCGCCAGUCUUGAAAAGGGUUCGAGAUUGGCGUGGAAACCAACGCGUUUGGAAAUCUCUUCAUCUAGGCGCGGGACUUGCACUUCUCUGGGAUGCUGAUCCCAAGUUGGACAUCAGUCUUCGAGAACAACCACCUGAAACCACUGUGUUACUACCCGUGGUCGCCUCUGCUGUUUUCCAUAUUAAUAGAUUUGAUGUAACGAUAAUUAACGUGCGAGUACACAACGUGGACGACAAUAAGAUAAUAGAGGGUUUUUCUGAGGCCAAGAACUCUAUUUUAUUGGGGGAUUUUACGCUCCUGGACAACUCCGUUUUCGUGAAUGAAGUGUUGCACGAACGUAACACGGCUGUGGAAUCAGACAAAUUCUUCUAUAGAGAUAAUAUCUUAUGGGGCAAGGGUUCCGAAGAAUUGUUAAAUACGGGAAUCGCCGGAAUCGUUCGACAAGGUUUGAAGCACCUUGGAAUACCUCAGGGUUGGCACUGGGGUGGUUCCGCUUCCAGCCACUGUCCGGUUUGGUGUCAGAUAUUUACGCAGGCCUGCGAAUCGUAGUUCGAUAUGUCUCGUACCUUUCCUCGUGAAUUUUAAUGAAUUAUUAAUCGAUUAAAUAUGCAAGUCUUAAAGCGCGUAGGAAUUGAAUUUCCUUUGGAAGUGGCACUGAGGUGAUUUUAUGUGGAGCCACUGCCGGUAGCUACUUUGGUAUUAGAUAUUUUUCACAACUUGUGACUCGUAAGCGGAUAUCUUGUCUUCUUUCUUGUGAAUCGUAAUGAGCUCAUAAAUUCAUUAAUGCAAUGUAAUGUACGCGUAUGAACCAUGGGGAAUCACUCCAAUUCCCUAGACUCUCGGUUGUCUCUAGUACGUCGGAUAGAUGUGCGAGGGCGUACAGAUUCAAUUAUGAAAUAAUGAUCUAAAAUUGAACAAUUUUUGCAGGAAUUUGCGUAUAGGGUAAAUGAGAGACAACUUAAAAUCAGAAGCUAUAGUAAAUGGGAGAUUAUCUUUUAUAAAUACAACUUUAAGUCUGAUAUAAUAUCCAAUACCUUACGGCCACAGUUGAUACAUAUAUCGUCCUCCUUACAGCUCAUAUUUAGAUAUGCUUUCUAUUAGGACAAAAAUUUCGCAACAAUAAUAAAUUAUCAUUAUUUAACACUUUAUAUCAUUAUAAUGGUUAAUUUUAAGGUGUCAUGAAGCAUCGAGAAACUGAAUAUUGUUAAAUCUACACUUAUUUGGCUGUGCACGGAAUCGGUGUCUUGUAUUGUGUAACAUACUUAUGAACAUACUGUUAUUAUAAUUCUAUAAAGAGGUAAAUAUACAAAAAUGUUAUUGUAACGGUUAAGAGAAAGUAUUUUAAGGUCACGAAGUCGUUUUCGUUAUAUUUAAAGUACUAAUAAUAAUAUUAAAUAAUUAUAAAAAUUACAAGAAAUGAUGCCACCGUUAAAGUAUAAGUGCCGUAAAUAGCAUCGUAGAGGUCUUUUUGCGUGAUGUUUCAUAUGAUUGUAAUUUAAAUUAUUUCCUCGGUACUCUAUUAUGGGAGACCUAUAUGCUUCUUUGGACGUUAUUUUCAACGGCACUAGCGCGAGUAUUGCAAUGGAAUACGUUGCUGCCAUGUUUCUCUUGAAUUUGGUAAUGCCUAGCUUAAAAAUGAACUUGCAAAACAUUGAACGAUUCAAGAGUACUAUAAUUUGUGAAGGUAGAAAUGGAUUUAUUAAAUCCAUUCUUUUGCUGUAUAUUUCCGUAUUGUAACAAGUAUGUAUUUAUCCUACCCAUUACGUAAGAGUUUGAAUAAAAAUGAAGAUAUAACGUAA